UUGGGGGCUCGGCCAAUAACAGCAGUGAGGUAUCUGAGAAAAGUCCAGAAAGACAAGAUAAAGAGAGCAGAGCUGGGUCUGAGAUAGGGCCAUGAGUGGUCCAGUAAUGGCCUUAUAGAGCCUCCUGUGAGGUUUACAGACAGGGGAGUGGGAAGGAAUGAAUAAUGAUCUUUAUCCUUCAAAGUAACUAUUAAGAUGAUAUAUGGACAACUCAAAAUUUCCACAUUACAGUGCAUUUAAGCAGUCCCACAAACACAAGUGUACUUACACCCACAUUAGCUCAGUCCAGAGUGGGCACCAUUAAGAUUCUCUUGGAAAAUUCAAAUAUGCAGAGAUGCAGUUUGUCCGGUAUCCUUUGACUCUCUGCCAUGCUGUGGUUAUACCUUAGGGAAUGUGAUCGCACGUAUAUAGCAAACGGAUAAAAACUGCAUGGAUUAUAUGAUUACUUUCAUGAAUUCGUAUUCAACUAAUUUGUUAAUUCUGGGGAAAUCAGGGGGAAGUGAUGCAUUCUAAAAAUUUUCACUGGUUAAACAGCACCUGACUCAUACUGUAUAAUAAUCAUUUUACUGUAUGGAUUACUAGAGUGUUAUCAACAUUAACAUUAUUGAUCACUCUAACUACUUGGUUAUUUGACUACAGUGCAGUGACAGAGAGUAUAGACAAAGCUUAUCUUUGCCAUCAUACAAAUCUAAGUGCUAAUCUGAGAGUGUAAAGAAGCCUAAUGCCUUAUGAGAGCCAUUAGUUGUUAAGAGAGUGACUUUUGCAAAAAACACCGCAGCAGGAAUAUAUAUUUUUAAAAGUGCAGUGACCAAACCAAGGUCAGAAACCAGAUAAAACACUGGGCCAAUAAGCAAGAGAACAGAGAGACGUGUGAUAAAUCAGCAAAGACUUGGAUUGUUCUCAAACUACUUCAGAAACCUAUCACAGCAUCUUGUGAAUCUAGUGACUUACUCACUGAACAGAACAACUAUGACCUGGCUGCUAUGAUACAGAAGUAGUGAGGAGUCUCUUUACUUCUCUCCCCCUCUGUGUGCACACCAUAAAGUAUGGAGGUGAGUGUCAGAGUGCUGUGUGUUUGAGUGUUUCGGAGAGUGGCAGAGUAGCAGGCUCUGUCUUCUCUGACAGUGGCUCUCUUUUUGUUGACAACCAGUUUUGAUAAAUUCUCAGGAUUAGCAACUCUAUCAACAUGAUGCUACCAGCUCCUUAAAACAGAGAGAGAUGGGCAGUCAGGAAAACAGAAUUGUAGUUGUGGACCACCGUACACUCGUAGAUUGCAGAUAGAGUAUAUUAAGGUACUGCUGAAUCUGUGUCCAAGUCCAGCUUGAGAAGACAACACCCUCAGAUAUGGCUGUGAGCAACACUGAAGACAUGCCUCGUCAUUUUCCAAAGGUAACGCUGAGUGAGGCAGAGGAGGAGACCCAGCUUCUAGCAGAGAAAGUAUACGCAUCAGCGCUAAAAGAAGAAGACAAUAAGGAUGCCUUGUCGAUGUUCACCGUGCCUGAGGAUUGCCCAAUUGGCCUCCAGCAGGCCAAGGAACAUGAACUGCUUAAGGAGCUGGCAGAGCAACAGUCAGAGGAAAGUGCCAAGAGGAGGAAAAGCUUGAAGAUGAUUCGUUCCCAGUCAUUGUCCCUGCAGAUUCCAGUGAAUACAGAUUGGACACGCUCAGUGGCAGUUACACCUUACCUGUCCCCAAGCUCCACCUGCUCAUCAGUGCCAGAAAGCUGCCCUGAUUACCAGAGGGUUACUAUUACGGGUGACUAUUGUGCUGGGGUCACAGUGGAGGACUAUGAACAGGCAGCCAGGAGUCUGUUUAAGGCUCUGCUUAUUCGUGAGAAGUAUUCUAAGUUAGCCUAUCACAGAUUCUGUAGAACUACAAGCCAGUUUCUCCGCAGUGCUGAGAACAUGAGAUGGAGGGAAGAAGAUGAGGUUCUGCCAGACAUGUGGCCAUCCCCUGCAGACGGAGAGGAUCCCUACUGCAUGGACAACAUUCCUGAGAACCUGAACUAUGAACUGAAGAUGAAGGAUGGGAUAGUGUACGUGUAUGAUAAUGAAGAAGCUCUCAAAGAACAACAGCCCCACGAUCUUCCUUACCCAGACUUGGAGACCUUUGCUGUAGAUCUCAGUCACGUGCUGGCAAUGAUUGCAGAUGGACCCACGAAGACCUACUGUCACAGAAGGCUAAAUUUCUUAUGUUCAAAGUUCUUCCUCCAUGAGAUGCUCAAUGAGAUGGCUGAGCUAAAGGAACUGAAAAGUGUGCCUCACAGAGAUUUCUACAAUGUUAGGAAGGUGGACACACAUAUUCAUGCAGCUGCAUGCAUGUCUCAGAAACACCUUCUGACCUUCAUCCAGCAAACAUAUAAAACUGAUGCCAACCGUGUAGUUUUGGAAAACGCUGGACAAAUGAUGACCCUCCAGCAGGUUUUCCACAGCCUCAGCAUGGACCCCUAUGACCUUACAGUGGACUCUCUGGAUGUUCAUGCUGGGAGACAAACCUUCCACCGCUUUGAUAAGUUCAACUCAAAGUAUAACCCGGUGGGAGCCAGUGAGCUUCGAGAAAUCUUCCUGAAAACGGACAACCUCAUUAAUGGAGAGUAUUUUGCUCGGAUCAUAAAGGAAGUGGCCCAUGACCUGGAGGAGAGUAAGUAUCAGCAUGCAGAGCCUCGUCUGUCCAUCUACGGACGCUCUCCUGACGAGUGGGACAGUCUGUCGAAGUGGUUUAUCCACCAAAAAGUCCACUCUCCAAACAUGAGGUGGAUUAUUCAAGUGCCCAGAAUAUAUGAUAUUUUCAAGGCGAAGCAGCUGUUACCUAAUUUUGCCAAGAUGCUGGAGAACAUAUUCCUUCCUCUAUUCGAGGCCACUGUUAACCCACAGAAGCACAAAGAACUUCAUGUUUUCCUCAAAUAUGUGUCAGGCUUUGACAGCGUGGACGACGAGUCCAAACAUACCGAUCACAUGUUCUCCUUCAGGAGCCCAAAGCCAGAACAGUGGACUAGAGAUGACAACCCCCCCUACAGCUACUACAUCUUCCACAUGUAUGCAAACAUCAUGGUCCUCAACAACCUCAGAAAAGAGCGUGGACUGAGCACCUUCCAGUUCCGACCUCAUUGCGGAGAAGCUGGAUCCAUCACUCACCUGGUCUCUGCCUUCCUCACCGCAGACAACAUCUCACAUGGACUCAACCUGAAGAAGAGCCCUGUGCUGCAGUACUUGUACUACCUGGCACAAGUGCCAAUAGCAAUGUCUCCUCUCAGCAACAACAGCCUGUUCCUAGAGUACUCCAAAAAUCCCCUCAGAGAGUUCCUGCACAAAGGUCUGUGCGUGUCCUUGUCCACAGAUGAUCCCAUGCAGUUCCACUACACCAAGGAACCGCUGAUGGAAGAGUACGCAAUAGCAGCUCAGCUGUGGAAGCUCAGUACCUGUGAUGUGUGUGAAAUAGCCAGAAACAGUGUGCUGCAAAGCGGAUUGUCUCAUCAGGAUAAGAAGCACUUCUUAGGAGUGAACUAUCUGAAAGAUGGACAUGAAGGGAAUGAUAUCCGCCGGACCAACGUCGCCCAGAUCCGUAUGGCCUACAGACACGAGACACUGUGCAAUGAACUUAGCUUCAUAGUGGACGCAGUGAAGUCGGACGCUAUGAAUGGCCAGUAUGAAUAAAAGAGGCCUCGCAUUUUACAGAGCCCAAGCAUGCUGCCCUCUUAUAUCACUAAAUAAAAAUACAAUCUAUUGUCACUUAAAGAGCAAUACUUGACUGCCUCAAAGCUAUGAGAGAUGAGAUGGUGAAAUAAAGAUGCAUUCCUUGGAUGACUGAUGGCACUUUGGUUUUCAAAGGUUCAGACAAAGGCUGUGGAGGAUCUUGUGUAAAGUAUAUGUCAUUAAACAAACCCCCUAUGUAUAAACAUCUGUACCUUACACUCCCUUCUGUGAUAGGAGUAUGUCAUAGAAACUGUUUGAAACUUGAAAUUUUAUUGUAUAAAUAUCAGACAUGAAAACACUUAGGUUUGAGAGAGCGUUGCACAGAGACAGCUGAUGACAUGAUGGCUGGAACUGUCUUUUCUUUAAAUAGCUUGUUUGAAGAAGAUUUCAGUGAAUAUCUGGCCAGAUGUUGAUACAUUAAAAGAUAUUUAAAAUAAGUCUGGAAUAAUGUAUACUUUAUUUUAAAAUUAAAUUAAUUAAAAUUGUGGAAGAAUA